AUGGGAGAACCAAUUCGGUCCGAAACAUUUCCUUUAUACUUCGAAUAUGAUCCAGCCCACAAGUUAAAUUAUUUCAAGAACACCUCUCAACCUCAAUGGAUGCUAAAUCAAGAAAAACAGCCAAUUUAUCUUUGGCAACCAACAGUAGAUCCAGGACCAAAUGGUGGUACAGUCCACAAUGAGCAGAUGUAUGUCAGAAAAAGACGUACAGACUUCAAAGCUGCAAGCAGAAGACCAGAUCCAAUUCCAAAUCAAGAACCAUGGGCGUUAACAACAGGAGACGGAACAAAAUAUACUCUUACAUGUGAUGAAAGCCAACGUACUCACUUUGCAGUCAUUACACCAGAAAAAGGACGCUAUGUACUCAAUUUACUCUCUGAUAGCUUUGUAAUUACGAAAGAUGUCAAAGAACAAGAUGCCGAUGAAUGCGAGCGUCUUGCAGAAGAUAAGCUUAAAGCUAGCUACGACAACAGAAAAGCUUUUAACAAGAAAUACGUCAAAUUACUUGAAGAAGAAGCCAAAGCACGCAAAGAAAACUUCAUACAAUCUCUUCGUGACGAAAACGAUGACGAAGAAUUCGAAGAUGUUGAUGAUCAGUCAUUACAAAAUAUCGGCGAUAAAGAUGUCGUCAAAGAGAUCAAGAAACGCGGUAGACAGCGUGCUGAAGAUGAUGAUAUUGAUGCCGAGGUCGAUUUCCACGUAGACGAUGAAGAAUUCCUUCAAGAUGAUGUUGUAGAAGAUGUCGAAGAAGUUCUCGGAAAACUGAGUGAAUCAGACUUCGAAACAGACAGUGAAGAAGACGGAGAAGAAGAAGACAAGAAGGACAAGAAGAAGAAACAGACUCCUGCUGUUACUAAACCAGUCGCUGAAGAAGACAUCAAGAAGAUCGCUAUUGAAGUUACAGGUGAGAAACCAAUUAAAGAAGAGGAACUCGUCAGAUACUUCAUGGAUGUUGGAAGAGCAACACUUAAUGAUAUCAACUCAAGAUUUAAAAAUCAAUACCUACAGACUGAACACCAGAGACAUGCCUUCAUGCAGUUGUUGAAGAAGAAUUGCAAGAAGAUUACUAAGGAUAAGAUAAUCUACUUCUCUUUGAAAUAA